AGCCUCCAAUUAAUAGUAAAGAAACAGAAAUUGUCCGAAAGGUCUUUGAUAUUGAUUUCAAAGAUCCAAGAAUCCGUAAAGAAUGGUUUACUAGAGAAAACCUACAGGAGUCUUUCUGGAAGGAUUUUGAUUACAGAAUGACUGAUAUUAAAAGCAAACUAAUUGACAAGCAUACAGUUAGAGAGGAAAUACUUGAAAUUGAUAACAAGAACAAACCUGGAAAUGGGAAUCUAUUCUAUCAUCUUCGUUAUAGUUUAAAACUUUUACCUAAUAAUACAGGAACUUUUGCUGCUUUUACGGAUACAAUUUCAAAUAUUUCGAACCUUUUACCUGCUUCCAAAUAUGAUGUGCCCUUAUGGAGUUCACUAAUGUUGUCUUCAUACGAACUACAAGAGAUUAUCAAUUUGGCCAUGGAUAAGCUUGUUGGUCUCCGUUUAUGUAUAGACAUAGUACCACAGUCUGAAUAUGCAUCUGACCUGGUUUCAAGCUAUAUGCGCCUUUGUUUGAAGAUCUCAAAUGAUCAUAAAAGCAUUAUUAUAUCUAUGCCUUCUGAAGCUGUGUUGGCAGAAGCAUCUGCUCAAAUAAUGAAUGAUCCAGAAAUUGGUCUUAUAGAACUUAUUAAUACACUUACCUCAGUGCUUAAAAACGGUAUAGUAGAAGGUGGAUAUCGUGGAGAGCUUAUUGCCAGAUUAUUAUUACUUAAAGCAUAG